AUGUUCAUUAAGCAAAUCAUCAUCCAAGGCUUCAAGAGCUAUAAGGAUCAAACCGUUAUCGAGCCGUUUUCUCCAAAACACAAUGUGAUAGUUGGUCGCAAUGGCUCUGGCAAAAGUAACUUCUUCGCAGCCAUUCGGUUCGUCCUUAGCGAUGCCUACACGCAUAUGGGGAGGGAAGAGCGCCAGGCGCUGUUACACGAGGGCUCGGGCUCCGCUGUGAUGUCUGCCUACGUUGAAAUUAUAUUCGAUAACUCCGACGAGCGAUUUCCGACUGGCAAAGACGAGCUUAUCCUACGCCGCACAAUUGGCUUGAAAAAGGACGAAUACACCCUGGACCGCAAAAAUGCCACAAAAGCCGAUGUAAUGAAUUUGCUUGAAUCUGCUGGCUUCUCAAGAUCCAAUCCAUACUAUAUUGUGCCGCAAGGCCGUGUCACAACCUUGACGAACAUGAAAGAUUCUGAGCGGCUGGUCCUCCUGAAGGAAGUAGCGGGAACACAGGUUUACGAAGCGCGUCGCACGGAAUCAUUAAAGAUAAUGAAUGAGACAAACAAUAAACGUGCGAAAAUCGACGAGCUGCUUGAUUAUAUCAACGAGAGACUUGGCGAGCUUGAGGAAGAAAAAGAUGAACUUAGAAACUUUCAGGAGAAGGAGAGAGAGAGACGCUGCCUUGAAUACACGAUUUAUUCUCGAGAACAAGCAGAAAUUUCAGGCGCUCUUGAAAGCAUAGACGACCAGCGACAAGCAGGUGUGGAGGACACGGAUGCUAACCGGAAUCGACUUAUUCAAGGUGAAAAUGACAUUGCUCAAAUUGAGACACAAACGGCGGAGCUUCGGCAGCAAAUGGAACUCCUAAAGUUGGAGAAAAGUCAGCUAGAAGACGAUAGGCGUGAUGCGUCCCGCGCCCUCGCUCAAGCAGAGCUACAACGUAAAUCUUUGUUAGAAGGGCAAAGUGCUGCUCAACAGUCAAAAGCUAACCAUGACGCAAACCUUGAACGAGUGAAUUCUGCGAUUAAGGAGCGUGAGGAAGAGCUGAGCAUGCUAGUCCCACAAUUCAAUGAAAUGAAGGCAAAGGAAGAUGAGGCCAAGUCUAAACUGAACGAAGCGGAAACGGGCAGACAAAGGUUAUACGCAAAGCAAGGGCGAAUCUCUAGGUUCAGAAAUAAAGGAGAGCGUGAUAGCUGGCUGCAAGGUGAAAUACAGAAUACCUAUACGCAAGUGUCAACCGUCAAGGCCGUUCGGAUGCAGACCACUGAGGAGAUUGCGGGGCUCGAGAAUGACAUCGCAUUACUUGAGCCAGAGGUUGAAAGGCUUCGAAAGCAUGCUGAUGGCUGGGGAGAUAAUCUUCAAUCCAUUGAUCAGGAGGUCCAAACGGCUAAGGAUGAGCGAGAUAUGUUAAUUGAUCAACGAAAAGAACUCUGGAGAGAAGAGGCUAAACUGGACUCAAUUCUCACUAAUGCGACCCAUGAAGUGGAACGAGCUGAACGGGCACUUUCGCAUAUGAUGGACCACAACACUAGCAGAGGUCUUGCCGCUGUUCGCCGCAUAAAACGACAACAUAAUCUUGACGGCGUUUAUGGAACACUUGCAGAACUAUUCGAAGUCAGCGACCGAUAUCGUACUGCUGUUGAAGUCACUGCCGGCCAGAGUCUCUUCCAUUACAUUGUCGACACCGAUGAGACAGCCACUAAGGUACUCGAGAUUUUGCAAAAGGAGAAGUCUGGACGAGUUACGUUCAUGCCAUUGAACAGACUUAAACCUAGAGCUGGCAAUAUUCCACGGGCCAGCGAUACAAUCCCGAUGAUUGAAAAGCUACAAUAUGACGCAAAGUAUGAGCCGGCCUUCCAGCAAAUAUUUGGCCGAACGAUUAUUUGCCCCAACCUCCAGAUUGCGUCUCAAUAUGCCCGCAGUCAUGGAGUUAACGCCAUCACCCCCGAAGGUGACAGAUCCGACAAGCGUGGUGCUUUGACAGGAGGUUUUCAUGAUUCUCGGAAGUCACGCCUUGAUGCAACGAAGAAUGUUGCCAAAUGGAGAGAUGAAUUCGACGCAAAGAAAGCUCGUGGGGGAGAGAUUCGUAGAGAAUUGGAAAGGAUGGACCAGCUGAUCACGCAGGCAGUAGGAUAUCUCCAGAAAGCAGAGCAAAAGAGACAACAACUUCAAUCCAGCAACGGCCCACUACGCCAGGAGAUUAAAAGCAAGCGGGAUCUGCUGCAUAACAAGACAGACGCUCUUGAGGCAAAACGACGUGCCUUUAAGAACAUUGAAGCCAACAUCGCCUCGCUCACCGACCAAAUAACUGCUCACGAAGAAGAACUUGCCACACCAUUUGAAAAGGCCCUUUCCAGCAGCGAGGAAGCACGCCUGGAAAGCCUUAAUUCUGCGGUUCAGGACCUUCGGCGAGAACACGCUGCGUUAUCCAGCAGCCGUAGUGAGCUAGAAACGAGGAAAUCUGUCCUGGAGGUUGAAUUACGAGAAAACCUUUACCCGCAACUGGAUCAUUUAUCUGGCCAGGGCCUUGAUGCUGGCGAAGACACUGCUCAGGGGAACCUGAAGGAAAGUGAAAGGGAAGUAAAGAAACAAAGCAAGGCACUCGAAAAGCUCAGCCAAAAGUUGGAGAAAUUGGAGAACACUAUAGAACAGCAGAAUAACGAAGCGACCCAGCUUGAACAACGUCGGGCGGAUAUAAAACGUGAGCUAGAGGAAUUUUCGAAAUCCAUUGAAAGGCACCAGCGCCGUAUGGAGAAGAGCAUGCAGAAAAAGGCAGCUUUGACGGCACAAGCUUUGGAAUGCAGUGCGAACAUUCGUGACUUGGGCGUGCUCCCUGACGAGGCGUUUACGAAAUUCAAAAACACCGAUUCAAACACCAUCGUCAAGAAGUUACACAAAGCCAACGAAGCCCUCAAGAAAUAUUCCCACGUGAACAAGAAAGCAUUCGAGCAAUACAACAGCUUCACCAAACAGAGGGAGACGCUGACAAAACGACGUGAAGAACUUGAUGCAUCACAUAAAUCAAUUGAUGAACUGAUUAUGAUCUUAGAUCAGAGAAAGGAUGAGGCAAUUGAACGAACUUUCAAGCAGGUGUCUAGGGAGUUUGCCAGAGUAUUCGAGAAACUUGCUCCUGCUGGCCGAGGGCGACUGAUAAUCCAGAGGAAAACUGAUGCGGCCAACCGGCAACAGGAUGAUAUAGAUUCAGACGAAGAGGAAGCUCGCCGCAGUGUAGAGAACUAUAUCGGUGUCGGUAUUAGUGUCAGUUUCAACAGCAAGCACGAUGACCAGCAAAGGAUCCAACAGCUCAGUGGUGGGCAAAAGAGUUUGUGUGCUCUUGCUCUUGUUUUUGCUAUCCAAGCUUGUGACCCUGCUCCGUUUUACCUGUUUGAUGAGAUUGAUGCCAACCUCGACGCACAAUACCGAACGGCUGUGGCCCAGAUGCUCCAGUCUAUCUCGGAAGAGACCAACGGCCAAUUCAUCUGUACAACAUUCCGACCUGAGAUGCUCCACGUUGCUGAGAAGUGCUAUGGUGUGAGCUUCCGUAGCAAGGCCAGUACCAUUGACGUCGUUUCGCGCGAGGAGGCGUUGAAGUUUGUUGACGAGCAGAAGGCUUGA